AUGACAGAAGCUGGAGUGUAUAUGAUUGUUAUGUCGUAUAAGUUUCUGAUGCACUUUUGCGCUAAGGUUUAUGUACUUGACUAUCACAGCAUGCAACGCUCAAUGCGAGAAGAUUUUUUGUUUAUAUGCACUAGGGGUGAAAAAUACAGCUUAAUUACGCAGUUCGCUCGAGUUCACAAGAAAUUAUUGAUGUUUGAACAGACAAUUACUGCACCUGUGGUAUGUUUAAGUGCAUAUGCUGCAUCAGUGAAAUUGGACGAGGGCGAAGUUCACGCAAUACUGAUAAUUCUUUUGUUUGCAUCAAUUGCAAUGCUCUUCCUUCCAAGCUGCAUGUGUACGAUCCUCACCGUGCAGGUCAAUUCUAUUUCUUACGCUUGCUGGAAUAUGCCUUUCUGGAACGCUAGUCCUGUGAUCCGGCCUUACCUGCUGCUUAUCAUGCAGAAAUCGCUUCGACCGCUCCCGCUUAAAGUUCCUGGUUUUCAAGAAUUUUCUGUGCAAACUUUCUCUAAUAAAUUGUCAUCAGCUUAUUCUUACUUCCAUAUGCUCAGACAAGCUAACAAGAAAUAA